AUGAGUGGGUUCAACAACAUUAUGAAAGAGGGCUGGCACCCUAAAAGCAAGGAUGGCAAGAAGGAGAGCUGGCGCGGCGAUUUCAAGGGCAUCAACCAGGUGGCAGGCUGGAUGGGGAAGGGCAGGGACCCAAACUCCGAUCGCGAAGAGCACGUCUCUCAACCGCUGUCGUCGCUGAGAGACCCAUCGACCUUUGCGCCACCUCCGAAGCGCAGCCCUGUGGGGACCUCGCCAUCCCCGGAUCGCCAUGGCGUUGGCGCGCCGCUGUCUCAGGACCAGAUCAACCGCCAGAACGCUCAUCUACAGCAGGAGGCUGAGGCCCAAGAGGCAGCCGCCCAGAAACCCGCCUCGCCUCCGGUGCCCUACCGCGUGGAUACGACUGGCCUGGCUACGAACAACCUCCCACCCCCGCCAGUGCGACGUUUCGACUCCCCGGGCAGCAGUUCCCCAAGCUCGACGACGAGCGCAAAGCCCAAGCCCCCACAACUGCCGCCCCGUCUGCCUCCCCGAGAUGGUCCCGCGUCACAUACUCCCUCCCCGCCUGUGGCAUCUCCCUCUCCGUCCCAAGGGUACAUCAACCAAGAAGCGACGUCUCGGCUCGCGAACGCUGGCGUGUCAGUUCCCGCACUGGGGAUCGGAGAGACAAAUGACCGUCAAUCCCAGCCCGUCAAUGAGCUGCAGUCGCGCUUCUCGCAAAUGAAGACCGACGAUUACAGCUCCGCCGCUCCCCCUCCGCCAUAUCAAGCAACGCAGCCGAUCGCCAGCCCCUCGGAGCCUGCCGCUGGCGGCAGAUCCUCCAUCCAGGACUUCCGGGAGCGCCACGCGGAUAAGAUCGAUAUGGGCAAGCAGAAGCUAGGCGGCAUGGCGUCGCGGGCCAACACUUUUGUCGAGGGCCGGCAAGCCACGCGGCCGACCACCAAUUCCGCGGAGCCAGCCGCUGGCGGCAGGUCCUCCAUCCAGGACUUCCGGGAGCGUCACGCGGAUAAGAUCGAUAUGGGCAAACAGAAACUGGGCGGCAUGACGUCGCGCAUCAACACCUUUGUCGAGGAUCGCAAGUUCUCAGCCAAUGCUAACAAGCGCAUACCCCGACCGCCGUCGAAUUAUUCUUCUCCGGUUGAGUCGAGUCCCAGUGUUGGUGGCCUUGAGAGCGCAGCGCGCAACAAGAAGCCACCUCCGCCUCCGCCCAAGAAGGCCGAGAUACGCGCGCCGCCCGUCGCAUCGUCGCCGUCCUCGGCAUCUCCCGCGCCGCCGCCGGUGCCUCUGAACUCCAAGCCUCGUUGA